CGUAGUGACGUUCAUCGGCAAAAGAAACCAAAACUGGCUGAAUGACAUGUAAACUUAAGCGAUGGAAGAAGCAACAGAUAUUAUUACCCGCUUGUAUUGUAAAAUUACUUGACGCUGAAUGCAUGAGCGGUGCUCGUGCAGUUAGAGGAUGUCGCGCGUUACAGAUGAUGUGAAGUAUCAAACACUUCUCGAGUGUAAUUACCUUUACCCGGAGGAGGUGCUUGAUGACAUCAAAGACGUGUCGACAGCUUUACCACAUCUGCAGCUAUACGUGGACUAUUAUCUCUAUCCCAACAAUGAUAAGAAGAAAUUGGUGUAUUUGGGUGGCACUGUUCCUGUAACAUAUGAAGGCGCCACAUACAACAUUCCAGUUUGUGUCUGGAUCCAUGAAACCCAUCCCAAAAACCCACCUAGGUGUUUCGUUUGCCCUUCACCCUCCAUGAUCAUCAAUGCUAAAAGCAGUAAUGUUGAUGCCAAUGGUCGCGUUCUUCUCCACUGUCUCAACAACUGGAAGAUUGGCUGGUCGAACUUGUCAAUAGUUCUGGAAGAGAUGAUUGCUGCCUUUCAGCGCGAAACUCCUCUUUUUGCCACCUAUCCAGUCCGAACCCCACCGCUACAUUCUCAAGCAAAACACCUGCCGGCUGAACUGGUAGUUCAACCGAAUCCUGUUUCAUCCUAUGGCAGCUGGCCACAUACAGGCAGCAGUUCAGUGCAAAAAAUGUCAACAGCUCAACAUGGAGCAUCCAUCUCAUCUGUGCCUCAGCAUGCCAGCAACAGUCUACCCAAGAGUACAAAGUCCCAGAUGAACCUGCAUCAAGCCAGUGAAACAGAGAUGAGUGGGGUAAGGAGAUCAUACACGCAAGAGCUGCUGGAUUGCGGGAUCACGUUUGGUGCGCAAGCUUUGGAGACCAACCACCAAACAAACCCAUUUAUUUCUCCUGCCUCAGCUCCCACCAGCAGUGCUUCUAAUGUUGAUGACAUAGACAACCUGUUCAAAAGCCUUCAGUUACAAAGAGUUGUCAACAUGUACCAGUUGAGCAGCAGGGAGAAAGAUGUUUAUCAUGCUGAAGGAGCUUGGCAGGAUUGUGGUGCUCGAGUUCAAUCAGGCUUAGUGGAUGACCGUCACAAGGUGGUGGUUAGCCGGCUUCCUGUGGGCAUCUCUCCCAGCAAGAUGAAGAACAAGCUCACCAUCUUCUUCCAGCGGAGGCAGAAUGCAGGAGGAGAGGUUCUAGAUGUCAAAUACCCCGGAGCGCAGCCAGAUCAGGCCUGGGUGCUUUUCAGACACUGGAGAGAUGCAGAGCAUGUUCUGAGGCAGCCUGAAAGGGUGAUUACCAUUAAUGAGCAGCAAUUUCUUAUUCAGCUGAAGAGGUUUGAGGACAUGGAGAUCCCAGGUGGUGUCCAAGGUGAGAAAGCUGAAAUGUUCAGGAGUCUCUUGAGUCUGGAGGGGUGCAGUUUCAGCUCCACAGAUGUCCUGGAAGCGGUGCAGUCAUGCCGAGACCUUCCCUCUGCUCUGAAAUAUCUCUGCCAUGAUUGCCCUAUAUGCCAGGAGCAAGUAUCUUUCAACAGGAUGGUCACCAUGACACACUGCUCUUGCACAUUCUGUGAGAGCUGUUUUAAGAAGUACUUCUCCUCCGUCAUUAAGGAAAAGAACAUAGUACAUGCUGUGUGUCCUCUCUGUAAUCUUCCCGAUGUACAAAGAGGGCGCAGGGAAGAGUCUAUGGAGUACUUCAGUCUACUCGACACACAGAUCAGGUAUUAUUUGGACCCCCAGAUUCAUGAGCUCUUCCAGAGUAAGCUUAGAGACCAGGCACUGCAGGAAAUGCCCAACUUCCGCUGGUGUGCACAUUGUUGCUUUGGGCUCCUUCAUGAAGCAGACAGGCUGAGAAUGGACUGCCCCAGCUGUGGGAAAAGCACAUGCUUUCAGUGUAAAAGGCCGUGGGCUCCACAGCAUGAAGGAAUCUCAUGUGAGAAGUUCAGAGUGGGAGCAACUCAACAGCCCCGAGUACCAAAACUCAAGGCUGGAGCAGCUCCUCAGCAGGAACAAAAUAGACUGCCCAAAAUGCAAAUUUCGCUUCUUCCUGGCAAGAGGAGGCUGUUUGCAUUUCAGAUGCACUCAGUGCCAGCACGAAUUCUGCGGAGGCUGCAGUCAGCCUUUUAAACAAGGCUCUGCUUGUAAUUUUUCUACCGAGUGCCGAGCUAAAGGGUUACAUGCUCAUCACCCUCGAAACUGCCUUUAUCAUCUGAGAGACUGGAGUGUCCCAAGACUACGGACUCUGCUGCAGCACUAUGGGGUAUCACAUCCUCUCAUGUUCAG